AUGUAAGAUUAUCUAUCAAAUAAAAUAAGUCCAAAAGUAGAAGAUGAUAACGAUUUGUUUCAUAAAAAUCAGUUGAAGUUAAUGAAAUAUCAAUAAACAUCUUGUGAAAAUAGAGAAAUAAAAGAUUUAAUAAAGUAGGAAGACGUUUCUUGUUGGAGCGAAACAUAAAAAUCAAUAGCCUUUGAGUAAGAUUAAUGUAAGGAGAAAGAAUUAUCUGUUAUUCACACUGAAAAAGUUUAAGAUAACUCAAGUGUUUAAAUGGAUAUGCUCUUAAACUUAGAAAAAAUUAACACAUCGUGUAUCAACUAGAAAGUGCAAUAGGAUGUUUCUAAUUCUUAAGUAAUGCACUAGCAAAAUGCAUGUAUUUCAAAGUAGUCUAUUUCUUCACUGUUAAGCAAUCGCCUAAGAAAUAAUAGCUUUCCUAAUGGUAUCGAAACCACUUAUAGAAUUUACAAAGACCAUCACUUGCAGGGCUAAUAAUAAAAUUGUUAAAAAGCCAAAAUAAAUUUAUGUGAAAAAUCAAUUGUCCUUUAAAAAAAGAUUUUGUAGCAAGGACAAAAUUUAAGUUUAAUAAAACAUAUGUUUUGGGUUAAAAAGAGAUUUUCUUAUUUCUUUAAUGGUUUUACUGACUUAGGUCGUAAAAAAUAAAUAAAUAAUCAUAUCAAAAUGUUUAUUAAUGAUAAAAGCGACUAUAUAAUAGAGCAGAAUGUUAUAUUGGCUUUUAUUUCUUCUUUCAUUCCAACUUACCAUUUUGAAAAUUUUGCAAAAGCGAUCAAUUUAGGAAUAAUUGAUAGUCAAGGAAACAAAAGUAAAGUUAUUUCUUUUGUCUUGAUACUUUAUAACAGCUUUUUCUAUUUAUUUUUGUCGCUCUCGAUGGUUUUUGGAGGGUUUACUACUUACAUUUAUAGAGUUUUUUUACUUACUUUUAUAGUGUGGGUUAUAGAAAGUUUAGUAUAAAUGAAUAGUACUCUAUUUAUUAAAACAAAAUUAAUUACUCAAAGGUCAGAGAUUAUAGCUUUUUAUGUUAAAAAAAGACUUAUUUUUGAUUUGAUUCCUAUGAUAGUAAUAACUUUAGAUAAUAAGAAUCAUAUCAUAUUGUCUUUAGCCUUUUUGAAAUUGGUUAAUUUGAUUUCAAAUCUCAAGGAUUUUUAAAGAUACUUAUGUAUGACAGUGAGAAAGUAUUAUAUUGUGAUCCUAAUUAACCUUAUCAUUAAAAUGUUUAUAUUUGCACACAUUAUCUCAUGCCUAUGGUAUAUGAUUUCUUACAUAGAAACACACUUUUUUGAUUCUCAUGGAUGGGUAGAAGAAAAAUUUGAUAAUUCUCAAGAUUGGUGGUUGCUUUAUUUUUAAGCUAUCUAUUGGGCUUUAACCUUGAUGACUACUGGCUCAAAUAUAGCUUCGACAACUAUAGAGAUUAUUUUUACUUCUUUUAUUAUGAUAUUCACUACAAUCGCCUUUGGUUAUCUUUUAAGUGUGGUAGGGUUUAUACUAGAACAAGUAGAUUAGCAAAGUGAAUAAAAGAGAGCCGAUAUUAAUGUUAUUAAUGAGUACAUGAGAUAAAAGAAUAUAUCAAAGGCACUAUAGCAGAAAAUAAAUCUUAGUUUGGAGUACUACUAUAACAGUAACAAAAGCAAAAUUCAUUAAGAAAGUUUUAUGAUCCUAGACAAGAUUUCCCAAGAUUUAAAGAGUUAGCUGACUAAAGAAUUUAAUAGAAAAAUUAUUAACAAAAUAUCCAUUUUAAAGUCAAAUUUUACAGAAUAAACACUAGAAAGAUUGUCAUCAGUGGCUAAAGAGGAGUACUAUUUACCUAAUUAAGUUAUUCAUAGCUAGAACUAAAAAUAAGAAGCUUCUCUCAUUUUUGUUAUUAGUGGAUUAGUUGAAAUAGAAAGUUAUUAACUUUAUAAUCUUGAUUUUUAGAAGAAAACCAGCCUAGAAAUUAAAAAAGGAGAGAUUGUCGGAUAAAUUGAUUUAUUUACAGGGAUUAGUUAAUUUAGCUUGAUUAAAUCAUCAGAUUAUACAUAAAUUCUGAGAAUUACAAAUUCUGAUAUGGUAAACUCAAUAAGAGAACAGGGUAAAGAUUUUGAAAAAUUUUGUUAAAUUAAAGAUAAAAUUUUGAUGUAUGAGUAAUACUCUUAAGUAGAAAUAAAAUGUCAAGUCUGUGAAUAAUCCACCCAUUUAAUUUAAGGAUGCCCAUUUGUACAUAUUUAAAAGCACUCUGUGAAUACAAAAAUAGGAUUGAUAAAAUCGAAGGAUUAGGAGAGAGUGGCGAGAGCAAGAAAAAAACCUAAAACAAGCUUUUUUGUUUUGGAAAAGAAUGCUUAGAUUUUUAAUUUGCUUUUUGAUCAAUUGCAAAUUGAAGAAUAUUUGCUAAAAGUAUAAUAAAUAAAAAUAAAAUAAUUAAAUAGAGAUCUUUCAUAUUCUGAAUAUGAUGAUUCUGAGUGCCAAAGUUUUUAAAAAGGCAAUGAUGAUUUAGAAACAAUACAAGAGGAAAUCAACAGUGAAUAAGCAAGAAAGAAAGAAACCAGCUAAAUUCAGCAUAAUAGUUCUAAAAAUUUAUAAGUUGGGAAGGAUAAAAGAUGUUCCAUAAACUAUCAAAUAGAAGAAAAUGAGGAAAACUCAUCUGAUCAUAGAGUAUUAAACUCAGAAAUAAAUAUCAGAUAGAAGGAAAAGUACAAGCAGCAAGUUAAUUUUAGCAAUAGAAAAAUAGAUUAAACGUUUGAAACAUAAAAAUCUGACAUAAAUUUAAAAACAUUUUCUCCAGAUUCAAAUAAAUUAAUAAGCAACAAAAAAUUAUCUCCUGUUAAAGAAUAAAUUAUAAAUGCAUAAAAUUUUUAAGAUUUCUUUAAUUUUGAAUAGGAUGAGUCAUAGAAAAAAAUGAUAAAAAAAUAAGAAGUGUCUAAAUACAGAAAUAGUAAAUAGUUUAAUGUAAGAGCCUCUUAAAUUAUUAAGCUACAUUAGUUGACUUACUAAACAGCGCUUGAUGACUAAGAUUUAUUUAAUCCUUGGAAUUUUGAAAAGCUUUAAGAUUAUAAAUUCUAUUUUAAAAAUGGUAAUUCAGGAUUAAAAAUACAAAAAUAUUCUAAAUACUAAAGCAAAUAGUUAAAAAAGCAUAAAAAAAAUUUAAUUAGUAAACAAGAUAAUCAAUCUACGUAGUAGACUAAAAUGCAAAAAGAAUGUUGA